AUGGAAAUUCAAGUUAAUGGUUGCACAAUUGCUCAGAAAGUUGAUUGGGCACAAUCAAACUUUGAGCAUAAAGUUCCUGAUGAUAUUAUUGAUGUUAUUUAUGUGACAAAGGGUAAAGGAUUUGAAGGUAUAACACAUCGUUGGGGAACAAAAAAACUCCCACGUAAACUCAUAAAGGUCUUUGAAAAGUUGUGCAUGGCAUCCUUCAAGGUAAUGUACUCUGUUCCAUGGGCCGGUCAUCACCAUCGAACAGAAGCCAACAAAAAGAUUUAUUGUGAAGAUAAAAGUAAUGCAGCGACAGAUUAUGAUAUAAACAAAAAACAAAUUACUCCAUUAGGUGGUUUCCUCAUUAUGGUAUUGUAA